CAGCUUUUUAGUCUAUCAUUGAAACAUGCUCUCACUUCUUUUAAUGAAUCAACAAUACUGAGGAGGAGAUUUUAUCUACGCAAGCAUACACCGUCUUCAUCAUCAUCUAUUCGUUCAGGUCAUCUAGUCGCAAAUAUGUGCUAUGAGGGUGUUGAUGAUGGUGAUGCGGAUAACGUUGGUGUUGGUUUUGGGAAUAUUACUCCAAUUGUUACUUCAUCAACAGAACCGAUGACUACAGUAGCAACACCUGUACACCAUCCUUAUCCAACAUUGCCUCGUGAUACAGAAUUAUUUAAUGAUGCAAUAUUUGAAACACCAAUUGGCAGUGUAGCUUCAGUACAUUCUGGAUUACAUAAUUCAAUUACACCACUGAAUAUUUCUACUAAUAAUAUUGCAACUGCUGCAAACAUGAAUGAUAGUCAUAAUACACAAUCUAAUAUAUUGUCAGAUCAGGAGGACCAGUCAAUGCAAAUAAGUGACAAUCAAUCGUAGAGAUAAUAUUAUAUUACUACUGUCGUUCCCCAGAUAUUUUGUAAAUCAGUACCUUCGUACACAUGUAUACAUAUCUGAUCUAUGCAUUUUUCCAAUUGAAAUGUUAUAAAAAUGUUGACUUUCAAAAUAAAUUUAUUUCAACGAAA